UUAACCACACUGUGUAUCGUAAUAUUGAAUAAUUAUUUUAAAACAUUGAAAACUAUGUCUAUGUCUGGCGAUGAUAUAGUGAUCAGCGGAAUGUCGGGUCGAUUCCCUCUGUCGGACAGUGUGGACGAGUUGGCCCGCAAUCUCUUCUCUGGUGUCGAUCUCAUCACCGAAAGCGACAGUCGUUGGCCUAAAGACUUCUGUGACAUAUCCUCCCGAAUGGGACGCAUUGAGAGUUACGACAGAUUUGACGCAAAUUUCUUUGGCAUCGCAACGGAAGUGGCCGAACAUCUCGACCCACAGAGCCGUAUGCUAUUGGAAGUCGCGUAUGAGGCCAUUAUGGACGCCGUAAGUUGCAAUAAAAAACGGUACAAUUCAUAA